CCCCGCACCACGAAGCUACUCGAGCUACAUCUCGACUUUCGGUGUCUUUGCAUCUGUUGUGGAAUAAUAAAGACAUUAACAGGAAUUGCUAUUCGCUUCGUCACGAAUGGUGCACUGCGGGUUGUUGCGGGGGACAGCACCUUGGCGAUCGCCCGGUCCAAAUAAUCUGUGCGCCCAGUGUGUCCGUCACAACCGAGAGAUGGUGCAGAGACGCAAACGGUGUGAUGAAAAGAUGCGCUUGUCCGUGGGGACCUGUCUGUAAACGUGGAUUUAUUUAUUUAUCACUGAAGGAAAUGACAUUGCGCGCCUUGUCGAGCGUGCGCCAUGUUUCAGUGAACCUGCAAGAGCAAGACAUAAGAUUCCACAUUUUAACGUUUUUAUGUAUUUAACAUUUUUUCCCUUUCAAACUCAUUUUGCCUUUACUACCUCAGUAGAUUUUCGCCUAUGCACAUAUUACACAAACACCGAGGGACUAUGGACAUUAUUUAUUAUUUCUUAAGGAUUUAUUAUUUUGUUAACGAUUUCAGAUUCUGGGCUAUUAUUAUACGGUUCUCUGAACACAAAUAAUGUUUGAUCUGAACAGAAAACAUUUGUGGAAUGCAUGACCUAAAGAUGAAGGAGACGUGUCGCAUUUGUGGACGGGAACUGUGCGGGAAUCAGCGCAGAUGGAUCUUCCACCCCACAGCAAAGCUCAACCUACAGGUGCUGCUCUCACAUGCUCUGGGGACGGAGGUGAUGCGCGACGGCAGAGGAGAGUUCGCUUGUUCAAAAUGCACUUUCAUGUUGGAUCGAAUGUACCGCUUUGAUACAGUGAUAGCACGAGUGGAAGCUCUAUCCAUUGAAAGGCUGCAACGACUUUUACAGGAAAAACACAGACUUAGGCAGUGCAUUGGUGGGCUCUACCGUAAAACUAAUUCAGGAGAGGCCACAGCUACUGUCGUUGCAGAAAAUGAUAAUGAUGGGAUUGUCGACAUUUCUGGACUUACUCAUGCUAAGUACUGUGCACUACUGCAAGAGGAUUUGGUUUACUCUUUUUAUGAAUCCUGGGCUGAAGAUGGAGACUGUCAUCAUCACCAGCACUCACUGUGUCCGCCCAGCUCUGGUUCAGAGGUCACCACUGCAGGCUCACACCGCUGUUCAUCCAGAAGGUGUCGAGGAUGCUCUCAUUUGCGUGUGGCAGAUUCAGACUAUGAAGCAGUCUGCAAAGUUCCCAGAAAAGUGGCCAGGAGCAUUUCCUGUGGACCCUCCACUCGAUAUUCAGCCAGUGUUGUUGGAGGCAACAUAACAGUAGGAGUUGAAGACCAAGAAAAAAAAGACAGGGAAGAUACCGAUGAACCAGCCUCGUCAGUAACUUUAGUGCCCGGCUCCCAAACUCUGUCUAGGACAUCAGACAGUGAUCGCACUCUGGCCGGACGGGCAAGCUCCAGCCCCUCUGUAACAUCUUUAGAGCCAGUGGAUGAUGGCAGUCAGCCAACAGAUGCACAGCUGAGCAUCCCCCUAGACCAAGCAGAUGAGCUGAUAUCUGACUGUCUCUUAGAGGAGCCCAUGGAAACUGCGCACAGCCUCUCUCAGGCAAUAUCACUGCUGCACACCUAUGCUGUCCAUAGACCCGUCCAUAGCCACAAAGGAAGCAAACUCCCUAUUCUCAUCAAGCAAUGUCCUGGUUACAGAGACUUUCCAAUCAGUUUAACAAAUUCAGUUUUGGGGAUGUUUCCUAGCACUCCUGAGGCAGAUCGUGAACCCAACAUGGCAACCCCAGAUCUCCCAGUAAUAAGGCUAAAUGCGGGGGCUGACCUCGAUGUUGAUCUUAGUAGUGUGGGGGAGUCAUUGGAGGAGGAGUACAAAGAAUACCCUCAACCACCUCCUCAUCAGGUAUAACUCAAAUGGAGGAAUGUCUAUAAAGCAAGAUGUGGAAAAGAACCUUUUCUACCCCUACAGCAUAGACAUGAAGAACAACUCUUUUGUCUGUUGUAGUUUGUGUGCCUGCUGACUGAAAUGGGUCACAAGCAGGGGGGCUGUAGAUAAAGUGGCUUCACUGCCUCUGUGCCCUUGAGGCAAAGGGAGCCAUGCCAUAUCUGACCAUCUUUACUUUUACACAAUAACACAAGCCUUUUAAGAGGAACAAGUAGGGGAUGUUUGGAAACACUGCAAUAGUUAUGUUAUUAUUCAUGUAUGAACAUUAACUACUCCAAGCUU